AUGCUCGCUCGGUGCUUGUUGUGGCGUCGCCUUCCUCCGCACCGUCCCUCGCUGCUGCUGCUGCUGCUGGAGUUAGCUGGGAACCGGAGGCGGCUCUAUCUGUCGUGACAGUCCCUUCUCCUCAACUUUUCCGGGUUUAGGUUGUGCCUGAAGGACGGAGAAAGGGUUUUGUCUGUGUGUUCGAUGCAUGGGAGUGCCCUGGGAGCGGCGAAGGGAGAAGACAGCGCUGGUGGUCCUGACUGUCCAGCAGGAUGAGUGAGGCGGACGGUCAAUUCUACAGCGUUCAGGUGGGGGACUCCACCUUCACUGUGCUCAAGCGCUACGAACAGCUCCGCGCCAUCGGCUCUGGGGCUCAGGGCAUUGUAUGCUCGGCUCUAGACACAGACCUGGGCAUACCGGUGGCAGUGAAGAAGCUGUGCCGGCCUUUCCAGAACCAGACCCAUGCCAAGCGAGCCUACAGGGAGCUGGUGCUGCUCAAAUGUGUCAAUCACAAAAAUAUCAUCCGUCUGAUCAAUGUGUUCACGCCUCAGAAGUCCCUGGAGGAAUUCCAGGACCUGUAUCUUGUGAUGGAGUUGAUGGAUGCCAGUCUCUGCCAGGUGAUCCACAUGGACCUGGACCAUGAGAGAAUGUCCUACCUACUCUACCAGAUCCUGUGUGGCAUCAGGCACCUACACUCUGCCGGCAUCAUCCACAGGGACCUGAAGCCCAGUAACAUUGUGGUGAAGUCGGAUUGCACUUUAAAGAUCCUGGACUUCGGCCUGGCUCGGACGGCCUGCACUAACUUCAUGAUGACCCCCUACGUGGUGACCAGAUACUACCGCGCCCCAGAGGUCAUACUGGGCAUGAAGUAUAAGGAGAAUGUGGACAUCUGGUCAGUGGGGUGCAUCAUGGGAGAGAUGGUAAAGGGCAGCGUCAUCUUCCAGGGCACGGAUCACAUCGACCAGUGGAAUAAGGUGAUCGAGGUUCUGGGCACGCCCACUCUGGAGUUUAUGAACCGGCUGAUGGAGACUGUGAGGAACUAUGUGAUGAACAAGCCGCAGUAUCCUGGAGUCAGCUUUGACGAGCUUUUCCCAGACUGGGCCUUUCCCUCUGACUCAGAACAUGAUAAAAUAAAGACAGGUCAAGCACGGGACCUGCUGUCCAAAAUGCUGGUCGUUGAUCCUGAAUGCCGCAUCUCUGUAGAAGAAGCCCUCAAUCACCCAUACAUCCACGUGUGGUACGACCCUGGAGAGGCGGACGCGCCUCCUCCCCAGAUUUCAGAUAAGCAGCUGGAAGAGAGAGAGCACUCCAUUGAGCAAUGGAAAGAACUCAUUUAUGAAGAGGUGAUAGAUUGGGAAGAGAGGAACAAGAAUGGACUGAUGAAAGAAGACUGCUCAGAUGUGGUGUCUGGGUCAGCCUCCCAGUCUUCAUCAGCCAAUGACAUCUCGUCCAUGUCCACUGAGCACACCCUGGCCUCGGACACAGACAGCAGCAGCAUCGACACACUGACAGGAGCGCUGGACGAGAGUCAGUGAACACAGCCCAUGGCCUCAGUCCUCCCAUUUACAAUGUCCAAAUAUCAAUCAACCUUCAUUUCUUCUCUUUACUCCCUCUUUAUUUUCCUUCUUUCUUUUUCCUCUGUAACCUCAAAGAAUAGGUCUAUUUUUCUAUUUUCUUUCUGUGUGUGUCACUUAGUGGAUCUUGUUCAAUAUCAAACUUUGUUUUGAACUGCUGCCUGGAGGUCAAAGUCUGUCUAUUUGUUCGGAAUAGAGAGCUUUAUAUUCUAUCUCUUGGGUCAAAGGUUUCUCUUCUUUGUGGAUAUUGUUCACCUUCUUCAAAUAUAAAUGAUGUUUGCAUCCAGAUUGAUUUUCAGGUUCCCAGGAGUAGGUGGGAGAUCGUUGUCUGUUCUGUAUGCCUGUAUUUUAAUAGUUUUAUUUUUUUAGCAAAUAUAACAUUGAGACCAGAGGUUAUCGAAUUAGAGCAUAGACGCACUGAACAUAGACCACAGCUGCCAGCGGCUCACAUGCAUGUUAAGCCUAUAUGAACAAAAGCUUACCGUAAGUCGAUCGAACCAACCAUUUAAAGUCCAUCUGAUGAUCAAACACUCAUCCAGAGUUGUAUCGAUCCUAAAGCUAGCUCGCAGUGCUCUCCACAGCGGUGCUUUCUACACUGUGUUUUUAAGUAAUUGCCUUGAGUGGUGUGGAUUUUGAGCUCUUCCUCCUGACAGCGAGGCAAAGCUGUGAUUGCAGUGUUACAUUUUUAUUUCCUGAUAUUAUGUUCUCUAUGUAAAGAUGUCACGCUGUGGCGCUCAUAUAGUGGCUGUAAACCGUGUCAUUAUUAAUAGGUAAGGUAUGCUCUUCUGUUACGAAUAUAAGCUAUACUAUAUAUUGCACCCCCAUUGGACAAAAGGUACAGACUUACAGUGUGUAUAUCAAAAUCCUGAUCUUGUAAAUUUAGGAAAGGUAAAGACACAUGUUGUAUUUAUUUUUUGUGUUCUUGCAAAAUUUUGCACACACUCACGUCGAGGCCCCGUGUAAAAUCAGCCUCUUGUCGAAACAUUUAAUUGAAAAAUCAAAGCAUCGGCUGCUCCUUUUCUAGACCAUUCCAUCAGUACUGGAGCACAAAACUCAUCCUGAAUCAGACUCCAUGUAGAACACCAGUAGGCAGUAAAACACAAAUAAUGGUGUUUAACUUGCAUGAAGGCAUUAGAGAUGCCAAUAAGAUACCGUAGUUCUUGUUAUAAAGAAAUAAUCUGUUCAUUUAUUUUACUUACAGUACCUCGAUGUUCUCAAUGCCUGUUUGAUGCAGAUGUUGUAUUUUUUUUUGUUGCCUUGUAAGCGUGUGUGUGUUAUUAAAAUGUACUGCAAUUCUCUCCUU